AUGGCUGGUGCGCGUGGUGCUAGAGGAGCGAUGGCUGGCGUGGAUGGGGCCGCGCUCGUGGCGGCCUCUGUUCGUGCGGUGGUGGAGGCCAAGGCGCCGCGGCGCACGGUGGCCGCGGUGGCGCUGGCCGCACUGUCUGUAGCUUUGCGUGCUGCGGAGCCGCGGCUGGAGCCGCCUGCGGGCGCUGGUGGUGCGGAGGCUGGCCGAGAAGUUCGUGGUCGAGAUUCUGGGGCCGCGGCGGAGGCGAAGGGCGGAACGGCGCAGGCGUCGCCGCCAGCGCCUGCCGGAGGCGCGUCGGGCUCGGCGUGCGGAGGCUGGGGCUGCAGGUGA